AUGCGACAAAAAGAGAACGGGUGGUCGAUUUUCGACGACACAAAAAACGCGAAAAAGGAAGAACUUCAUAACAACGGCGUUUUCAGGCGACAAACUGGAGUCGAAAAGCAGACCCAAGUUGUUAAAACAAUUUUCGAUAUGCGUCUCAAUAUUAUAACUAAUAAAUGCUCCCUUCGUCAACUGUCGAGCGCUCAAGCUCGUCUCGCCUCCGCGAUGGCCAAGGGAGACUUGCUGACCAAGAACGUCGACAAAUAUUCUAAAUACUCGCCCAGUCCGCUUUCCGUCCAACAAUUCCUGGACUUCGGUGCUACCUCUGACAACGAGCAAAAAUCCUUCGAAUACCUACGCUAUGAACUGCCAACUCGCCUUGCUAACAUGAUCAAGGAAAUGAACCGCCUCCCCAAGGAACUUUUGACGACCCCAAGUUUUGAAAAUGUGAAGCAGAUGUAUGAAGAAACGCUGGGAGAAGUCCUCAUCUUUGAAAAAUCAGACGCUAACGAUGAGCAAGUCCGAGAGGAUUUUCUCAAUUCGCUUCACGGAAUUGUCAAUCGACAUCGGUCCGUGGUUGAACAGGUUGCGUAUUCCGUGAUGGAGUACAAGGCUAGCGUUCAAAACACUGGAAACCGAAGCAUCGAUGAAGAGAAGAUGCAAUACUUUCUCGAUCGAUUCUACAUGUCUCGAAUUGCCAUCCGAGUACUCAUCAACCAACACGUUGGAAUGUUCGGGUCGCAUGUCCAAGACCGCUCCCAGCACGCGUUGAUCGGCGCUUUUGAUGCAAAAUGUGACAUCAGAAAAGUCGUAGAAGACGCUGCCCACGCUGCCCAGCACCUCUGUGAGAAAUACUAUCUCGGUGCUCCGGAGGUUGAAAUCGAGCUUGUCAACGACCGGAACUACAUCGAAAUGGGCUACGUUCCCUCGCAUCUUCACCACAUUUGCUUCGAGCUCUUCAAGAACUCGAUGCGAGCGAUGGUCGAGGAGCACGGUACCUUUGACAUUCCUCCCGUCAAGGUUCUCUUGACCAAGGGCAGAGACAAUGUCUGCAUCAAAAUUUCUGAUCUCGGUGGUGGUGCUUGCUUGGAAGAGUGCCGCCGAUGGACGCAUUACAUGUACAGUACCGCGCCGCCGCCACCAAAGUCCGAAGACGGACAAAACAUCGCCCCACUUGCUGGUUACGGUUACGGUAUUCCGCUGUCGCGACUCUACGCCAGAUAUCUCGGAGGCGAUCUGAUGCUUCAGUCAGUCGAAGGAUACGGAACUGAUGCUUACAUUUAUCUGAAGUCUGGCAAUGCUGAUGCUGUUGAGGUCCUCCCGAUCUUCACUAACCAGCUGUCGGACCACUACCGAAACAAGCAGCAAAUGAAGGACUGGGUCUCCAAACAAGGCCCAAUCUCCACUUCCCAGCUGAACAUGUCGAUGCAAAGUCAUACCACCAAGCGUCGAUACUAG